AUGGCUCUUUCCAACGCCACAUCUCUCUCCUCCAGAUCUAUCUACAGCGGCGGCGCGUCUCUACCUCACCGCCAGAGCAACCGUCAAUCCUCCUUCACUUUCCAACCCAAGCUCAGGUCCGUCAAUCUCGUUACGGCAGUGCACGCAUCGGAGCCGGCUAGAAACGCAGUUUCAGUUAAGGAAUCCGUUUCCCCGGCGGCGUCGUCGUCGUCUGGUACAUUGAAAUGGACGCCGGAGAGCUGGAAAUUGAAGAAGGCUCUGCAGCUUCCCGAUUACCCCGACGCGAACGAGCUCGAGUCCGUGCUCAAGACGAUUGAGGCGUUCCCUCCGAUUGUUUUCGCCGGAGAAGCCAGGAAUCUGGAAGAGAGAUUGGCGGAUGCUGCCGUCGGCAAGGCUUUUCUUCUCCAGGGAGGAGAUUGCGCCGAGAGUUUCAAGGAGUUCAAUGCAACCAAUAUCAGAGACACCUUCAGGGUUCUCCUUCAGAUGAGCAUUGUUCUCACCUUCGGCGGCCAAGUUCCGGUGAUUAAGGUUGGGAGAAUGGCUGGUCAAUUUGCAAAGCCUAGAUCUGACCCAAUGGAGGAGAAGGAUGGAGUGAAAUUACCGAGCUACAAGGGAGACAACAUCAAUGGCGACACUUUUGAUGAGAAAUCAAGAACCCCUGAUCCCAACAGAAUGAUUCGGGCUUACACUCAAUCUGCAGCGACUCUAAACCUUCUCAGAGCCUUUGCCACAGGAGGUUAUGCUGCAAUUCAGAGAGUUACUCAAUGGAACCUUGACUUUGCUGAGCAAAGUGAGCAAGCUGAAAGGUACCAGGAGCUAGCGAGCAGGGUUGACGAGGCCUUGGGGUUCAUGUCUGCGUGUGGACUUACCACUGAUCAUCCACUAAUGACUACAACUGAUUUCUACACAUCCCAUGAGUGUUUGCUUCUGCCUUACGAACAGUCUCUCACGAGGUUGGACUCAACUUCCGGUCUCUACUAUGAUUGCUCUGCACACAUGGUGUGGUGCGGGGAGCGUACUCGGCAGUUGGAUGGUGCUCACGUCGAGUUCCUCAGGGGGAUUGCUAAUCCUCUGGGCAUUAAGGUGAGUAACAAAAUGGAUCCUAAUGAGCUGGUGAAGCUAGUCGAGAUUCUGAAUCCUAAUAACAAGGCUGGAAGAAUCACUGUGAUUGUGAGAAUGGGAGCAGAGAACAUGAGGGUUAAGCUUCCCCACCUGAUCAGAGCAGUGCGCAGGUCAGGCCAGAUUGUGACAUGGGUCUGCGAUCCUAUGCAUGGAAACACCAUCAAAGCACCUUGUGGUCUCAAAACACGAGCCUUCGACUCAAUCCUGGCUGAAGUAAGAGCGUUCCUUGAUGUGCACGAGCAAGAAGGAAGCCACGCAGGAGGUAUCCAUCUAGAGAUGACAGGUCAGAACGUGACAGAAUGCAUAGGAGGGUCUCGUACCGUGACCUACGAUGACCUAAGCUCUCGCUACCACACACACUGUGAUCCAAGGCUCAACGCGUCUCAGUCUCUUGAACUGGCCUUCAUUGUUGCGGAACGGCUCAGGAAGAGAAGAACGGUUACUCAGCGUCUGUCUUGA